AUGUAUCUGCCAUCAUCUCUCCAGGUGCUGGCGCUUGCUAAUGCUGCGACCGCACUCCAUUUCCCACGACAGGUCACGAAUACCACCAAGUACGCUGUCAAGACUCCACCGCUUACCACCGACUGGACGUAUAAAGUCGGCACAAACCCGUGGCCAGAGUAUCCUCGUCCUCAGCUUCAGCGUUCGCAGUGGCAGAGCCUAAACGGCAUCUGGACAUGGCAGAAUGCUUCGUCGCUCGAUGCAGUCAACUCGCCACCUUUCGGCCAGACGCUGUCUAGUGAAGUGCUGAUACCUUCUUGUCUUGAGAGUGGACUGUCUGGCAUCCAGGGCGACUACCUUUUGACUUCCUGGUUCUCUACCUCUUUCACGAUCCCCUCCACCUUCACGCAGGAUCGUGUGCUCCUCAACUUUGGCGCUGUGGACUAUGAGGCAACGAUCUUCAUCAACGGCAAGAACGCCGGCUUCCAUCGUGGCGGCUACUUCGCCUUCACCGUUGACGCGACUAGCUACGUCCGCUCCAACGGCACGAACGAAUUGCUUGUCUUCGUCCACGACCCCACGGACAGUGACCCGUAUGUAAUUCCGAUUGGCAAGCAGACGCUGAAACCUUCGCACAUCUUCUAUACGCCCUGCAGUGGCAUCUGGCAAAGCGUAUGGAUCGAGUCAGCACCAUCGAACUACAUCACGGACCUUCAGGUCGCCGCCGGAGCCAAUGGCCAGAUCAACGCCACAGUCUCGACUUCUGGCAACGGUACGGCUGGCCUGAAGAUCGAAGUCAUUGAUCGCAAGGAUAAUAGUACCGUCGCCACGCACGAUGGUCCUGCAAAUACGGCGUGCACUUUUAACGUUGACUCGGUCAGCACUUGGUCGCCAGACACGCCUACACUCUACGAUAUAAAGGUCACUCUUGGUGACGAUGAGGUCAGCAGUUAUACUGGCUUCCGAACCAUUUCCCGUGGGGAGGUCAACGGGAUUGAGAGACCACUCUUGAAUGGGAAGUUCGUCUUUCCGUUCGGUACUCUCGACCAAGGUUUCUGGCCCGACGGUAUAUACACGCCACCCAACCGCGAAGCCAUGGUGUACGAUCUGCAAACCUUGAAGAGCCUCGGCUUCAAUAUGCUACGAAAGCACAUUAAAGUUGAAACAGCAUUGUUCUACCAAGCCUGCGACGAGAUGGGCCUCCUAGUCUUCCAAGACAUGCCUUCUCUGCGGCCGCUGCAACAGAGAACGUUGUCCAACUGCACGAUUGAGACGAUCUUGCCGGACGCUACUCAACAAGACGAGUUCGCCCGUCAACUCGACCUUCUGAUCAUCCAACAAAGACCCUUCCCUAGCAUCUUCAGCUGGGUAGUCUACAACGAAGGAUGGGGUCAGCUGACAAACUACUACCCCGAGUUCGCACUUACAGACCGUGUCCGCCAACUAGAUCCCACACGUCUCGUCGACUCCACAACUGGAUGGUACGACCAUGGAGCCGGUGACUACAGCGAUAAUCAUCAUUACGCCAACCCACAGUGUGGCUCACCUUUCUACUCGAUCGACUCAUCACCUUACGACCCCAGCAGAAUCGGCAUUCAAGGCGAGUUCGGCGGCAUCGGCCAAAAUGUUUCGAUUGACCAUCUCUGGAAUGUGCAAGAAGCCAUCAACACCAUCAAUCAAACCUAUGAGAUCGAUCAGACUAUCGAUGCCUGGAACUAUCGUGGACACAGGUUGCUGGAUGACUUGCACGAUCAGAUCGUGAGAUAUGCCUGCAGCGGUGGUAUCUGGACUCAGACUACCGAUGUCGAAGGAGAGGUCAACGGUUUGUUGACUUAUGACAGGAGAGUCUUGAGGCCAGAUGUUGGACAGUGGAAGGCUGAUAUUCAGAAUCUUUAUGAUGCAGCUGCGGCGAGGACGAAUGCUUCUACAGCUGCUCCUACCGCCAGCUGA